AUGCUUGUGACUCAUCUCGGCGGUGACGGCUAUUGGGCUUCCCAUGCUUUCCGUCGCUUCAUGUUUGUCUUUCAGCAAAGACAAGAACUACGCGAUGAAGAGCUUGUGAGAAUCAAUGUGGGUGGUACAGUGUUUGAAGCGUAUCGUUCCACUCUGCAUCCCCUUCUAAGCAGAAUAAAUACUGGUGGUAGACGUAACCUAAAUCAGGAAUAUGUAUUUGUGAACAGAAAUCCAAAACAUUUUCUGAAGAUACUAGACUAUCUAAGAGACCGCAAUAAUUUUAGACCACCUUCAGAGUAUCGUGCUAGAGAAGAGCUUCGACAAGAGGCUAUUUACUACAAUUUGGCGGAUCUCCAGCGAAUGUGUGCAGGAAUGCUAAACACGAGAGAUCGUGUGCGGUUUAAAGAGAAUGCUAUUGAAAUUUACUGGAAUUACAUAGCAACAUUCUGGAUCCAAUCAGGACUAGUUGAAUUGAACUGCCUCGAUUGUAAGUCUGAAACGUUGGUAAGAGGCUCUGGCUUGGGUGGUGGUGGGUACUACGUGAGUGCUUUGCAUAUGAAGCAACAUAUGUUAUUGGCUAAAGGGACGAUUGCAGCUGUAAGUCAUAUAAACAUGCACUAAAG